AUGCAUAGGACAUCUUCCUGAACAAAUAAUACAGCUCAAAGGGACAAUGUUCCGGAGUUUGAGAAAUUGGAAAUUAUCAAGGAUGUAAAGUCAGUGGCAAGGACACUCCUACUGCUGGUGGUGUUGAACCUGUUCCUGUGGGAGAAAGCUGCAUCAAUUCCUGAGUGUCAAACUGAAGUUGGGGGCUGCUGGGAGCCCCUUGUGGAAACCUUUAACAGUGCCAUCAAACGAGCUCAAAACAUGCGCAAUCUUGUUGAGCAAAUCCAUCAAGAGUUUUUCGAAAGUGAAUUCUCUUCCGGACCAUUUAAGGCUAUGCUUGCACAAUUGAUGAGGAGGAAUCAGACCAUUUACAGGGCAAUAACACACUGCCACGCUAACAUCACAAACCCUCCAGUUCAUGGAACUGAACACAUAAAUAUAAGAACCAAAAAAUAUUUGAAAAUGUUGAUCAAUUAUGUGGGUGCCUGGAACAGCCCUUUAUUCCACCUAACAAUUGAACUGAGUGCCAUGCCAGUUGUCCCUGAAACUCUCCUUUCAAAAGCCAAUCAGAUUGAAGAGAACAACAAAGAACUCCUGGAUGACCUUAGGUGGAUUCUCACCAAGGCCUAUCCUACAGCAAAGAUAAAGGAAAAAUUCCCCACCUGGGAACAUCUUCCAUUCAUAAAAUCAAAUAACAAUGAUGAUAAAUUUUUGGCGAUGUUUAACCUUUCCUUCUGCCUGCGCACUAGUAUAUUUCACACUGUAAAGCAUCUCAAAACAUUAAAGUGUCGAAUAACUGGAAAAGAUUGCUAA